AUAAAAUACAUAUAUACCUUUCUUCUACAACUUGGCCAAAUAACACCCAGAAUGAGCACGGACAGCAGCAAUAUACAUACACAGGAUAUACAGGUGUUCAACUACCUGGAGGUGAACUUUACGACGAUGGUGACGGCCAUUUCAAUGCUUCUCGCAGUCAAUCAGCUCAUCGCAGAACUCGAGAGACUACAACGAAACCGGCGGAUGAUUAACACGGGAGGCCCAGCCAGAACUGGUUCGGGCAGCGGGUAUGAACAGGGCGACAUGGAUGUGCUGAUGCUUAUGCGGUUGCUUAUGUUGCUUGCAUCUUAUUUGCAUUAAAAGCACAGUUAAAAGGUGACAAAUGUCACAUACAUCCACCUGAGGCAGAACUAGACACACAAACGAUUUAUGUAAUAAUAUUCAACAGACGGCUAUUACCAGUUUCUACUCUGGGCUCUGCUCUCUAUACACUUAGAAUCUUACAAGAUGAGCUUGUUCC